GUCAACUUGCCUGUCCGCCAUUUUUAUUUUGUCGGAGUGUCACGCACACGGUUUCUUUGUCUCCAGUUUGAGGCCAUUUUCAAGACAAUUCAAGAUUUCAACUAUUAGUCAGCCCCACAAACCCAUAGAAAUGGGCGAGAGAAUCACCGAUACUGUAAUGGACGAUCUGUCAGCCACACACCCUUGCGACGAGGCAAGCAGCAUUGAGAAAUCAGACACGGGAAGACAGCAAGACAACAAAUGGGACAUUCCAUACGAGGAAAAGUGCGGAGAAGAAUCUGACCCUCCUCCCACACAGGGUCGAACAGAGCAGACUGAUAUGCUUGAGGUGAAACGUACUGUGGACAAACGCUUCCUGUGUACGGAAUGUGAGUUUAGGGCAGCCUCAAAGUCUAACCUGAUAAAACACACAAGAACACAUACCGGUGAGAAACCAUAUAAAUGUGACCAGUGUGACUAUGCUGCUGCACGUAAAUACACUUUAGACAUUCACAUGGCUGGUAAGCACAGUGGCGACAAACCCUACAUGUGUGGGAAGUGCGUAUACACGACGGCUGAAAGGUCUCACCUAUCCGUACAUACCAGAAAUCAUACAUGUGGGAAACCUUUCCAAUGUGAGCAAUGUGACUAUGCCGCUGCAAGUAGAAGCACUUUAGACCGGCACAUGGCUAAACACACUGGCGAGAAACGCCACCUUUGUAGUGAGUGUGGAUACAGGACGGCUCAGAGAUGUCGCUUAAUCCAACAUAUGAGAAAACAUACCGGUGAGAAGCCUUACAAGUGUGACCAGUGUGACUUUUCUUCUGCACAUAAAGUUUCUUUACACCUACACCUUUCUAAGCACGCCGGAGAAAAGCCAUUUAUGUGUGGACAGUGCGAAUAUAGGACUGCUAGCAGGUCUCACUUAUCUGUACAUAUGAGGAGACAUUCAGGUGAAAAGCCUUAUAAAUGUGACCAGUGCGACUAUUCUGCUUCACGUAAAGGUAGUCUAGACAAACACAUGCAUAGACACACCGGCGAAAAACCCUACAUCUGUGGAGAGUGCGGAUUCAAGACACCUGACAGGUCUUCCUUAACCAGACAUAUGAGAAGACAUACAGGUGUGAAACCUUACAAGUGUGACCAGUGCGAUUAUUCCGCUGCACAGAAAUUUGCCUUGGACAGUCACAUGGCUAAACACACAGGAGAAAAACCCUUUAUAUGUGGGAAGUGUGAAUACAAGACGAAUGUCCUAUCUAGCCUAUCCAUACAUAUGAGAACCCAUACAGGCGAGAAACCAUAUAAGUGUGAUCAAUGCGACUUUUCUGCUACAAAGAAAAAGUAUCUAAACAAUCACUUGGCCAAACACACUUCUUAAGAAAACAACACACUUCUAAAUGAUAUAGUUUACAGUUGCAGAUAGAGGAAAUUUUAUCUAGAAACAGGCAAAAAGUACAGAUGGAGACUAAAAUCACAAAUGUUAUCAUUGUGACUAUUCUGCUUCAUUGAGCAGUGGUCUACUUAUGGUCAAAUAUACAUGUGAGCGACCCUGCAUGUAUGGUAUGCUAAUCUAUACCAUAGACCUUGAUAACUGUUGUUACAAACAUAGAUACUGCAUGUCUCAAUCAGAGUACAAGAAGCUGUAUUAAAUUUUGUACUUAUUGUUGUAAAUGGGAAUUGAUAUACUUCAGGGAAUGGUAUUUAAUGAUUUGCUAACCGUAGAUUUUUUUUCGUAUUGACUUUAUACUUAUUUUACUUAUAUUAUAACCAUACAUCGAAAUAUUGUAAGAUCGUGUUUCAUGCAUUAUUUUGAUAAUGCAGGGCUCGAAAUACCACCUACAUAUGCAGGUUGGUGCAGGUAAAAUUGGAGCUGUGCAGGUAUUUCUAGUGUCUACCUGCACCUAACCUGCACUGGUCCAUGUACUGGGUUUUAUACACAAAUGUCCUAUGA